CGAGGCGCCUCUUCCUCAGCACCACCGCUUCAGCCACCCCGACCGACCGACCGACCCGACCUUCCCCGAGGGAAGCGAUGAGCCAUGAAGCCGCCUGGCAGAAGUUCUCGACGGCAGCCUUCGCCUCCAUGCUGCCGCCGCCGCCGCCUCCUCCGCCUCCUCCUGGGCCUCUGGGGGGCUGCGGCGGCUGCUGCCGGAGGCGCCUCUCCUGCCCCCCCGAGGCGGCGGACCCAGCUGGGGCGCCCCUUGCGCCUCGUCUUUUUCACGCUCCUGCUCUUUCGCCCACAGAGCUCGGGGGUCACUGCGGACACCGCUCGACACUGGAAUGAAACUGCAGGAGAAACAGAAAGAAUCCCGGCAGAUGAAGAUACUGCAUUUCAUCAUACUAAUAGUAGUAGCAGCAAAAAUAACAAUCCCAGCAGUGCAUUCCAGAAAGAAAUCAUAUUGCCUUCAAGACUUGUCUAUUAUUUGAAUAGAGACUCUGAAAGUCCUUACCAUGUUUUGGAUACUAGGACAAGGCACCAGCAAAAACACAAUAAGGCUGUGCAUCUGGCUCAGGCAAGUUUCCAGAUUGAAGCCUUUGGCUCCUUGUUUAUUCUUGACCUCUCACUGAAUAAUGAUUUAUUAUCCUCUGAUUAUGUGGAGAUUCAUUAUGAGGAUGGAAAACCACAAUUUUCAAAGGGAGGAGAGCACUGUUAUUAUCACGGAAAUAUCAGAGGUGUCAAGAAUUCCAGAGCUGCACUUUCCACAUGUAAUGGGCUCCAUGGUAUGUUUGAGGAUGACCAUUAUGUGUACUUGAUAGAACCGUUGGAGUUGAUUCAUAGUAUGAGCAGUACAGGUAGGCCACAUGUCAUUCAGAAAACUUUAGGAGCAAAUAUCUCCAAGCAAUGGGAAGAUACUGAUACUGACUCUACUUCUGAAUGGCCCUUCUUGUCUGAGUUGCAGUGGCUAAGAAGGAGAAGGAGGGCUGCAUCACGUGGCAUAUUUGAAGAAAUGAAGUACCUUGAACUUAUGAUUGUUAAUGACUAUAAAAUGUUCAAAAAACAUCGCUCGUCCUACGCUUAUACGAAUAAUUUUGCAAAAUCCGUGGUAAACCUUGUUGAUGCGAUUUACAAGGAGCAGCUGAACACAAGAGUUGUUUUGGUUGCUGUUGAAACCUGGUCAGAUAGAGAUCGUAUUAAUGUUCGUCCUGACCCAAGGCAGAUGCUUCAUGAUUUUUCCAGAUAUCGACAGCAAUUCAUCAAACAGCAUGCCGAUGCUGUACAUCUUCUCUCGAAUGUGACAUUUCAUUACAAAAGAAGUAGUCUGAGCUACUUUGGAGGAAUAUGUUCUGUGCCGAGAGGUGUUGGAGUAAAUGAGUAUGGUCUUCCCUGGGCAAUGGCACAAGAACUAUCUCAAAGUUUGGCUCAGAAUUUAGGAAUACAGUGGGAACCAGCAUCCAGGAAACAGAAAGGAUGUGACUGCACAGAUUCCUGGGGUGGAUGCAUUAUGGAAGAAACAGGUGUCUACCACCCCAGAAAAUUCUCAAAGUGCAGCAUUAAAGAAUACAAAGAUUUUUUAAAACGUGGGGGAGGUUCCUGUCUUUUCAAUAGACCCACCAAGUUGUUUGACACUACUGAAUGUGGAAAUGGUUAUGUUGAACCAGGAGAAGACUGUGAUUGUGGCUUCCAAACGGAUUGCCAUGCAGAGUGCUGUAAGAAAUGCUCACUUUCCAAUGGAGCUCAUUGCAGUGAUGGCCCAUGUUGUAAUGAAACUUGUCUUUUUUUUCCACGAGGGUUUGAAUGUCGUGGUGCGGUAAAUGGGUGUGAUAUCACAGAGAACUGUACCGGGGACUCUGGUCAGUGCCCACCAAAUCUUCAUAAGCAGGAUGGAUCUUCUUGUGAUUCAAAUCAGGGACGUUGCUACAAUGGAGAUUGCAAGACAAGAGACAAUCAGUGCAAAUACAUCUGGGGACCUAAGGCUUCAGCAUCUCAUAAACACUGCUAUGAGAAGCUUAACACAGAAGGUACAAAUAAAGGAAAUUGUGGGAAGGCUGGAGAUAAAUGGAUUGCUUGCCACAAACAUGAUGUAUUCUGUGGAUUAUUGCUAUGUGCAGAUCUUGAGGGGCCUCCACAAAUUGGUCACCUUCAGGGAGAAAUUACUCCAACUUCCUUUUUCCACCAAGGUGUAGUAGUGAACUGCAGUUUUGCACAUGUACUUUUAGACGAUGAAACAGACUUAGGUUAUGUCGAAGAUGGAGCUCCAUGUGGUCCUGAGAUGAUGUGUAUGGACAGAAGGUGCCUAUCCAUUCAGUCUCUGAAUAUAAGUAGCUGUCCUGUUGAUGCUAAGGGAAAUAUUUGUUCUGGACAUGGGAUAUGCAGCAAUGAAGCCACAUGCAUUUGUAACACCACCUGGGCAGGGACAGAUUGCAGCAUACCCGAUCCUAAGAGGAAAGAAGACUCUGAGAAACCAACUGGACCAAAGGAAAUGUCAAAAAGAGAAGAUAUGAUCCAAAUCAACAAGGUAUCUAAGGAACUCAUUGGAAGAACUUUCCUACAUAUUGCUGGAUUCUGGAUAUGGUGGAAUUUUGUAAUAGCUGUGCAGAAAAUACAUCACCGCAGACGAAAACUAAGACAAAUGAUUUACAACAAACUACAGGCUGGGAUAUGUAUGAAAGGAUUGAAGGAGAACUGUCCUUUUUGGAGAUUCAAGUGCAAGAACACCCUCCACUCAUUUGUUUUUUUUUUUAGAGUGUUAGACACAAGACAAGUGCUAUAAAUAAACUAUUUUGGCCUAACUUUUUUUAAAAAAAUAACAAAGAAUGGAGCAAACAAACCAAGUGCAAUAAGAGAACUGAUUGAAAAUAUUCAAAUAGGUAAAGAAUUUCUUAACUGAUAACAUGCCCUUGCAUGAUAUUUUAAUAUUAAUGACAGACUCCAGUGGCAUGAUAAGCUAAAUUUUGAAAUGGUAAACUGCAUGGCAUAUAUACAGCAAACAAGCUAGCAAGCUGACCCCAAGCAAAAUCUUCAUACCAAGAAAACCGUAAAAAUAAAACACUGAAAAAUUGA